GUGUGCUGUGUGCCAUGUUGGUUGUUGAAAUCCGCGCAAACGUAAUUUGAUCCCGAGAUUCCAGCGAUCUAUAUAUAGAUGCGCUUAUCACUUGAGGGCGCCAACAGCCAUUGAGCCGAGUCGAGUCGAGCCGUCGACCUCUGACCCACAAACCGUAAAACUCGGCAACGAGCGAUGCUAAAGCCAGCCAGCCAGCCUUGUGCAAUGGCCCCUGGUAUCAUAGCGAUAAGGCUAACCAGUGGGGAACCACUCUAGACUCUAGAGCUGCGGAUUAGUCUCAUCUGGCCCGUAGAAUAGACCCCCCCUCCCUUUCGAGCUUCUGGCCAAAAAGCCGCUUCUGUCCGCUGGUUACGUCAAUUUCAAUCCGCAUUCGAGUUCGAGUUCUCGUGCAGUUCAUACCUUGAAUGCUGAGCGAUGAGGUCGUGGCCUGGCCUUUUCUGGCUGCUGACCCUGGCGCUCCUGGCGGAUGGAGGUCGUCGCGAGUCCCAGCUUCGGAUCGGCAAGGCCAUCAAUAUAUUCGCGCGCUAUGGCUACCUAAGCAUCUCCAUGCGGGUAAUACCCAUCAAUGAGAACGUGGAGCCGGAGCGGUGGUUGUUCAAGGAGCCCACCAAGAACAUCUACCGGAACCUGAGUGGCUUGGCAGAGAGCCACGAGGACACCACGCCCGGGAUCUUUCACGGAGACUUUCACAUGGAGUUCUGCGAGAACAGAAGGCAAUUGUUCCAGGCCUAUUUCCGGGACUUCUCCAUUGAGCGGAUGGACAAACCUUGGGAGGCGUUCACGGGCGGAUGGUUUCCGGAUAAUGCGGCCAGGAAGCUGGGCAUCAAUACGUCCUUCAUCCAGGGUGAUUACUCGUACGUACUGGUGAGGGUGGUGCGAUUCAGGGAAACCGGUCGACUGAAUACCGAGAUUCCGGUGCACCAGCCCUUGGAGCAGGAUGUCCGGUCACGAGUAAAUCAGCUGCAAAUCGGGAAUAUGACGUCUGUAGUCCGAUUUAUGGAGGAGGUGGGCACGCACUAUGUGAACUCGUACACCACCGGUAAUUCGCUGUAUCAGGUGUUCGUGUACAGUCGCAAGAACUACAGCAUGAUCAAGGAGCGAAUCAAGAGCAAGGGGCUCAAUGGGCUGUCGAAGCUGGAUCUUUACAACUACUUUGCACCCUGGUUCGCCGCCCAUCUUGGCCAGAUUCGAUCGGCCAGCGCCAAUGCCACCGUGGAGCGUUGGGCCAACAGGAAGUUGCAGUACGAGUACUAUGUGGUCAAGUAUGUGACCCUGCUGAAACUGCACGGGAAUAGUACUCUGCUGCGAUCGCUGGACUCGCUGCUGGGCAACGAUGCCAUCCUGCAGCUGGACCUCAAGUCGCUGAAGCCCAUCUUCCGGGAGGAGCCGGAGAAGGAGAGCUGGUACCACGAGGUGCUCGACAACAACAUGAAGCUCUGGGAGCUCAACAUGCCGCAGAGUCUCUCCAGCCGAUAGGAUAGACCGAUAUCUCAAAGACGAUACCUUCACUCUAAAGUGUGGUAUCCCGUUUUGAUUACACUCUGUGCGAUAUUCUGGCAGCCAAGGAUCAAUAGUUCCUAGAUGCAUAGUUGUAGUUAGGACCUCUAGCGCGUAGUUAAUGUUCUGCCUGUGAUAGUUUUAGGUAGUUUAAUUGAACCAGAGUGUGCACAUCUGACUUGCAUUUCAGCUGACUAGCCCGUAAGAUCGCCUUAUUGAUGUACUAGUUUUUUAUACCAUAAUAAUAAUGAACAAAUUCGA